AUGGGAAUUGAGGAUGACGAUUGCAUGGUGAAGAUGUGCAAAUGGCAGAUUCAUGUUCACGUAGGUUUAUUUUAAUAACAGUUUUUGAAGGUUUCAUUUGGCGAAUAACUUUUUGUACUUUUAAUGAACUUUUGAGGUUGUUUUAGUUUUAUAGUUAGUAGUUUUAUCUUGUGAUGCAAAGUGAGUGUUCUUUCAUGCAAAGAGAAUGUUGUUGUAGCUUUUAUAAUAAAUACUCUUUAAAAGUACAUCUUGUAAUAUCAUUUUUAUAAUUCUUAAAUUAUAAUAAGGUUUUCAGAAGGCUGCCUUUGUUCUGGGCUUUGUUUACAUUGUAUUAGGCUUCUUUGUUGGCGUUUCGGUACUACAAACUCAAGAUUACAUUGCAUUAAUCGAUUGUUUACUAUAUGUUGGAUCUGGUGGACUGUUGCUGCACGGUAAUACUCAAGGAAAGCCAAAGUUUUAUUGGCCGCUGAUGAUCUUCAAUGUAAGUGUUAUUUUUAUGUUUUAUUUUAAUAUAAAGUCGGGGGUUUGGCUGGGGUAGUGCUAAAACUCAAAGUUAAGGGGCAAGAAAAUAUUAUCGUUUUUAAGAAAACUAAUAUUAUAGAUAGUAUAAACAUAUUCUUGCAGGGAAUGCACGUUUUUGUCAGUUUUGUCUACUUCCUCUACGUCUUUGCGGUACUAAUUGGAGUAGCAGCCCCAUCUCAACCAUUCGAUGAAAUUGGCGAUAUUGGAGCUCUAAUUGGUUACAGUACUGGCGAACGUGUUGGAAUUGCAGCUGGAGAGUUGAUUAUGUGUUUGAUGUUGUCUUGGUUCGGAUACGUUGUGUACAGGGGAUACAAGUACCUGGUGAACGGUGGAUUACCCUUCUAA